AUGUGACAGCGUCAUAGUGUCUAACCUGUUUGCGUACUUAUGCCAUUUGAUAAGAAAUAAUAUUGGAAUAACACGAAGUGAUUUGUGUAAUAAUAAACAAUUUGAAACGUUUACAAAUAUGAAGAAUGGAUGAGAUCGCUAAGCACUCGGCCUCGUAUCAGCUCGACCAAGAAAUAUUAGACGCUCGUGGCAUCAACAUGACAGUUGAGGAAGUGGCCGGUCUUCCAACCAGUAAGUACUCGGCAAGAGUACAGGCGCUGCAUCUGAAUGUGGACGACUUCAACUUCCUCAAGGGCCUGCGGCGCAGAAUAAAAAAUAGGGUAAGUUAUCGUAGUCAAUACAAAACGUAACCUUGUGUUCUUUUAACCCCCGAUGACAACAGAGGGUUGUUAUAAGUACGUAGUGUGUUUCUGUAUGUCUGUCUGUGGCAUCACAGUUACAGAACCGAUGAAUCGAUUUUUUCGUUUGAAAGGUGUCUUAAUCUGGUUGCUGUGACCUAUAGACAUCUAUAUCUAUCCUCGAUUAAGAAUCAAAAUGUAGACGCAUUGUUUCCGGUUCUCUACACGCACUAUAUGAAACACAGCAGCAAUAAGCUGCUAUUUUAUACGCUGGUAUUCUGUGAGAGCAUGUGAGAGCAUGGUCUUUCCACGGUCGCGCCGACCUAUUCGUACUACAACAAUAUUUAAAUGUCAAUUUUAAUAAUAACAGUAGAGGACUUGCAAGUUAGUUUAUUCAAAAACACAGCUGAUGGUGCGAGGUGGUGUGAGGAUCGAGGAAGCUCUGCAAUUUCCAGGCACAGCCUACAUCCGUCCAAGUGCUAUGCACAGACGUCCUCCCUUUUAUGAGAGAUUUUUGGAGCAUAUAUUCCACCGCGCCGCUACAGAACUACUAAUGGACUAAAAACAACCCCUUUUAUCGUAUCUUCUCAGUUUCAAGGCACUCCCCUUGUUGCCUCAGCCAGUAUCAGAAUUCUCGGCGUCGACAUAUCGAGUGACGUGCAGUUUCGUGGUCACUUGGAAGAGAAGGUCAAAUUGGCCUCCAAAAAGCUUGGCGUGCUCAGCAGAGCGGGACAGUAUUUCAUGCCGGCACAACGCCUGCAACUUUAUAAGGCGCUGGUUCGGCCUUACAUGGAAUACUGUUCCCAUCUCUGGGCUGGGGCUCCUCAGUGCCAGCUCCUUCCACUUGACCGCAACCAGCGCAGAGCGGCUCGAAUCGUCGACGAUCGAGUCCUUUUCGAUCGGCUCGAUUCAUUGGCGUUGCGAAGAGAUGUUGCGUCCCUUUGCAUUUUCUUUCGCAUUUACCACGGGGAGUGCUCUGAGGAAUUGUUCAGAUUAAUCCCAGCCGCCAAAUUUCACGAACGCACGUCGCGGUAGAACUCCCGAUACCAUCCACACCAUCUGGAUGAUUGGCGGUCCACCACUGUGAGAUUUAGAAGAUGUUUUCUUCCGCGCACAACUUCCUUGUGGAAUCGAUUACCACCAGCGAUUUUUCCGGACCGAUACGACUUAGGGACCUUCAAGAAAAGAAGCUACUCCUUUUUAAAAGGCCGGCAACGCAUCUGCGAUCUGGUUCCCCUGGUGUUGCAGUUGUUCAUGGGCGGCGGUAGUCACUUACCAUCAAGUGAGCCGCAUGCUCGUUUGCCCCCUCUCCUAUAAAAAAUAAUCACCAAAAUAUUGUUAUGCAUACGUUAAAUUACAGUUUACCUUCGAUCGAGAACCUUUCUUCCCCGUUAGUUGUCGGUUCUUCAAGUUAUACAGCCGAUCCAUUUCCACGUUAGCUUAUUGAUCCGAUAGCUGCUCCAAACCUACAUAUAGGCAGCGGCAUAACUUUAGUAAAAGUAGCACUGUCACCAGCAUCCUCCUCCUUAUUGAAGAUUAGCAACUCGCCCUGGCUUUGCCUGGAUAAUAUCUAUUAAUGUAUAUUAUAUAUGUAUGUAUAUUUAGUUUUAAGAUAAUUCAUUGUAUUAAAUUUUUCAUUUUUAAAAAUAGUAUCAAUUUUUUGGAUGAAAUACGGCCUAGAUCCUUCUUAUCAUUGUUCUAUAUUUGUUCCUAAAGUUUCAUAACAAUGAAUUCAGCCAUUUCGAAAAUUCCUAGGAAGAAGACAGACAGACCAAAAUUUAAAAAAAAAUGGUUAUUUGUCUUAUUAGCAUGCAAAUAACUCCCUGAACUAGAAAUCAGUUAUUUCAAUAAUACAGACAGAAAUUAAGUUUUUAUUUAUAUGUUCAGAUUGAAUAAUACUACUUUUACGGAUUCUAUCGCAUUUAAUUAAUUUAUUUUUAUUAAAUUCCUGAAGUUUUGGGUGCUUUACAGCACCAAUGGUCACGGGGGACUGAGGUGAUUGACGUCCCAAUGUUAACCCGGAGUACCUUCAGCUUUUUUAAUUAUUAAUUUUGGUCCGAUCUACGCAGAAUGAACUUACUGUGUCUUGAAGUUUUGCAGGGGUAUGCUUGGGUUUAGUUUUAAUUUUAUUAAUUACAGGAUCCCAAGCUGGUGGUGGUACCCAGCCUCCCUCUCUAUUGAAAUUAGUAUGAUUUUUUAAUUCAAUAGCCUCACGUAUCAUCCUUGGCAGGAAUCGAUGUUCUUUCGGGAGAAUUUGUCGUUUAUCAUCUAAUAUAAUGGCGGGGUUCGUCUAGGAUAUGAUCACAAAUCUGUUAUAUGUUCAGGUUAGAAUUUCAAUCCAAACCCGCGUCUCCAGAGAUGGAUCCUUUGUCUACUAAGUCGUGCUGUCGUAAAUAUAUAACACGUUUACAUUCGCACAGUAGUCAGGGGCCGUGAGACAUGCGAUAAGGUAUCGUAUUGCGCUCGGUUAACCGCACAGCUAGCCGUCAUCCAACACCGAGCGGAGAGAGUCUGAGGGGGGUCUUUAUCUUUAACAUCACGUUUCAUGUAAUAUUAUUUGAGUUAUGAUUAUACUUAAAAAAGUUAAAAUCGACUUUAAAAAACUUAAAGACUAAGAUAAUUAUCACAUAAUUUCAAUGCCAUGAACCUGAACCAUACCCUAGCAAACCGCCUCGGCUUCGCCUGGGUGACAUUAACUUAAUCAAAAAGUUUUUAUGAAAAAUUCGAGUUAUUCGGUCAAAAUAUACCUUAGAUCCACGUAGAUUCUUUCUGGCAUUGAUCUCUGUCUGUUCGUAUAGUUCAGUCAUUACGAAAAUUAAAACUUAAAAAAGCAAAAACCAAGUUUUUUUUUUAUAGAAUAAGUGUGACAAACGAGCACACAGUCCACCUGAUGGUAAGUGGUUGCUGUGGCUCGUAGACAUAUACAUCCUUUAUUACAAAUCAAAAUGCAGAUGCGUUGUUACCCCUGAGAGCUCAGUUGGAAUGUCUCGUUUCCAGUAAAAAAGGUAUACUAAAAUUGAUGAAUUUGGAAUAAUGUUAAUUGUUAUGUUAGUUGUUAUAUUGUAAUUUUUGUCUUAGAUAAAUAUUUGUAUGUCUUCAUUAUGAGAAAGCACUGCUGGACUUAAAUCAUUUACCAAACUGUAUUGUACCAUGUUUUCUGCAAAUAAAUUAUGAUUAUUAUGACUAUAUUACUGUACUGUGUACCGUAUACUGAAGUAUUGCUAAAAUUGCAUUUAAAAAAGUUACAGGCAUUGUAUUUAUUAAAAAAAGACCUCAGUGGUUUGUUUUCGCGAACCGGUGAAGAUUCUGAAGAUUAUAAAGAUACUAGCAAUCCUCCCCGGCUUCGCGCGGGUUAUUUCUGGAUACCGACAACAGCGCCACCUACCGUGUAAAAUUGUGGAGCUAAACCAUCCAGAAACCCAUUUAAACACACGAAAAAUUUCAUCAGAAUUGGUCUAGCCAGUUUCCGAAUUUUAGCGAGACUAUCGGACAUUUUCGUUGCUCUCGCAGCAGAAGAUAUCCAUGAAGAAUCAUCCACGAUAAAAAAGACGCGCCUACAAAUGAGAGGCGACCUGGGCCCUGUUGUGGGUUGUAUAUAGGCUGUAACUUUUCUUUAUUGCUGGUUUUGUAGUGAUUGUGACCAUGUUUCUAACUUCACGUUCAACGUUCAGGUCUUCGGGAUGUUGAGUGCCUCUGCCUUAACGUGUUCUCUCCUUCAGCAAGCCGUAAUGUCCAAUGGACAUUGGCCUCCCCCAUCGUAGAAAGCAGUUACCAUAAGUAGGCGCUUGGUCUGAUUCUGCCUUGAAUUUACUUGUAAUUCUUAAGCGGUAGAUAUGGCUGCAGUACAAUUGAGUCGGCUCAACCGGGGUAGGACCACGCUCUUACAGAAUACAACUAAUAGUAUGGUAAGUUGGUAAGUGUCCAGAACCGGAGACCCUUUAUACUGAUAAAGAGACCUUUCAUCUUAGUCCUCAGCGGUAACAACGUUAACAACAACACAAGGAAUGCCUCAAAACGCGAUCCAAAGCCACCUGCAUUCGUUGAGUCUGCAUAUCUUACCAGGACGUCAUUCCAUUUAGUGGGAGCUCGUACUGCACCUAGGUUACUUGUACGAGGCUGGGGCUGCCAAUCCUACUAUAUAAUUUAGUAUCCUACUAUAUUAGGAUAGAGGUCCAAAUACUAUAUUUCUAGAAAAUAUUAGUAGGCGAAACUACAUUAUUUUAAUGCGGCUUGUGGCUGUUAAUACAAGGUCUUUACCUAUGAAAUUGCCGUUCUGCAGUACUGGCCAUUUCAAAUGAAAAUAAUUUUUGUUGGCUAAGAAUUCUAAUUUCAAAUUAAUUUUAUUAUAAAAACAUGGAAAUCUUUUUUUUUAAUUAGUGAUUUGUUUAUUGAUUAGCGUUAUGUUUUCAUCGCAUUUGAAUGUUUUUUCGUCAUCAUGGAUACGUUAAAAAUUCGAGUAAUUAUGGAAUAUGAGUACCUACCGUCGUGGCAGCAACGCGAUGUUUACGGAACGAAUAAUACAAACGAACGCACCACCUGUUAGUCGUUUGUCCGCUUCCGUUCUGAAAAUUUUGUCAUGAAAAAUAUCGUGGUCGUCCAAAAACUUUGGUUGACAAUGACGAAUUAAAAUCAAUGGUGGAAGGUGAUGAUACUCAAUCUACGGCUGAAUUAGCAGCAGCUUUUGACGCUAGCAUCAAAACAAGGUUCGUCCAUUUCCGUUAGAUUGGCAAAAAAGUUUGACAAAUGGGUGCCCCACCAACUCAAUGAUUGUCAGCGCGAAGUACGCGUCGAGACGUACCUUACAUUUCUCAACAGACUGUAUUGUUACCUGCGAUGAAAAUGGCUUCUGUUUGACAAUCGCAAGCGCUCAGCAAGUUGGUUGGAUCCUGAUUCAACACCUAAACAAUACCCUAAACUAAAACUUACCCUUAGAAAAGUGAUGGUCACUGUUUGGUGGUCAAGCGCCGGUGUGAUUCAUCACAGCUUCUUAUACCAAACCGGAUGAGCAUUACUGCAGAUGUGUACUGUGAAAAACUGAACACAAUGUUUGAGAAGCUCACACGUUUCCAACCAGCUUUGGUCAAUCACUCGUCCCCGCUGCUCCUGCACGACAACGCACGACCUCAUACUGCACAACCGACGGUCUCCAAGUUACAAGAGCUGAGGUUGGAAGCUCUUCGUUAUCCGCCGUACUCACCAGACCUUACGCCUACAGACUUCUACUUUUUCCAGAAUUUGGAUAAAAUUUUGGCAUGUAAAAAAUUAAAUACUCAAGAGGCAGUACAAAAUACCCUUGAAGAAUUUAUUACCUCCCGUCCAGAUGAUUUCUUCAAGAAGGGCAUCAAUAAACUGCCAUAGCGUUGGCAAAAAUGCAUCGAUUAAUAG